GCAAAUUCUCAUCACGAAGUUACAUUCAAGAUGAGAGCGAAGUGGAGAAAGAAGCGCGUUCGCCGCCUCAAGCGCAAGAGAAGAAAGAUGAGGGCGCGGUCCAAAUAAACGCCCAACGCCACUCGACCUCAACCAGUCCCCGACAUCAAAUUGGUCACCCAGUGGGUUGAGCAUUGCGACUGCGCCGACGGUCGCAUCGAAGCUCGCCACUGUCUGACGCCGUCCGUCGCCAUGCGACUCAAGAAGUCUCGGCAUCACGAGCGCUUUCAACAACGAUGUCUUCUUUUCACGGCAAGGCACCUCGUCAAUUUGCUGGGCCGCAAGGCACGGGACGGUUCGGUGGCAUCAUGAGUUAUGGAAACGAUUGGUUGCCCGUCAAUGAAGGUUGAGCUGGAAACAGGCGUUUACCGGGACUCGGGCAAGCUGUGCCUCGAUAGGAAUGCGAAUCCUGAAUCAUGAUUUGCAGGAAUUGAUGAUGCUUGGCUUCGAGUUCAUUGUGCAGAUUGUGCUCCGACCAUUUGUCAAUGUGUGAUUUGUGUGCCACAGGCGCUACAUGCUCCAAUGUAUGCUUGGGGGGUCGGUAGUUUGUGUCUAUGGCUCUACGGAGUAUUAAUUUUGGGUUUAGAACUUGAUGUCAUCAAACGUAGGUCUAGGUUACG